UUGAAGUCUUUCACCGUGGUAAAUACAGCUGUACAGGACAGAUGGACACUCAAAGCUCUCAGCGCAGUGAUGCUGUUGCUCUUAAUGUGUCUUCAGAAGAAGCUCAGGCAGCAGUGCGAGUGUCUCCACAGCCGUGGCUCACUGAAGGACACUCAGUGACUCUGAUCUGUGAGGUUCCAGGCUCCUCUACAGGCUGGACGUUCAGCUGGUUCAGAGAUGCUGAUCAUCUGUCAGACAGCAGCAGAGGAGCUGGAGGCUCUUACACUCUCAGUCCUGCUGCUCUACAGCACACAGGAGUUUAUACGUGCAGAGCAGAGAGAGGAGAACCAGCCUAUUCCUCACAGAACAGCACCGCACAGCCACUGUGGGUCACUGGUGUUUCUGCUUCAGUGCGUCUGGUGCUCGACCCCAGCAGAAGUCAACACUUCUCCUCUGGCUCUCUCUCUCUGAGCUGUGACUCUGCUGGAUGGACAGUGAGAAGAUACACACACACAAACACACAAGAUUGUUCAGCACAAACAGGAUCUACAUGUGGAAUCCAGUCUCUCAGCACAUCUGACACUGGAGUUUACUGGUGUGAGUCUGAAUCUGGAGAGAAACGCCAUCCUCUGAACAUCACUGUACAUGAUGGUGCUGUGAUUCUGGAGAGUUCUGCUGAUCCUGUGAUUGAGGGAGAAACUCUGACUCUACACUGUUUACAUCGAUCUACAAACUCCUCCUUCCUCACAGCUGAUUUCUAUAAAGACGGAUCACUGAUCCAGAAUCAGACAGGAGAGAUGAGCAUCCCUACUGUCUCAAAGUCUGAUGAGGGUUUCUACUACUGUAAAAUAGAGAGAGAAGAGUCGCCACACAGCUGGAUCUCAGUCAGAGCUUCAUCUCCUCCUCUUCUGGUCAUUGGUGUUUCUGUGGGAUUGAGUGUUUUCUUGCUGCUCCUCAUUUUACUGGUUCUGCUGCUGAGACACAAGAAGAAAAAGGAUCCACACUGUAGCGUUCAACAAACUUCGGCUCCAAAUCCAUCUGGAGAAUCUCAGACGGAAAACUCAACUCUGCAGUCUGGUUCUGACCACAUUUAUGACGAUGUGAGCGCAGUGAAUAAUACAGAUGAAGAGCCAGUGGCAGAUGUGACAUAUUCAGAGGUCACACUUAAGAAAAAUAUACCCAUGAAUGAAGAUGAAGCCAUGCCAGGGCAAAGUAACACGUACGCAGAAGUUGGAACUAAAGCAAAGAAACCCAAAAGAAAAGAUAAUAGUACUGCAGGACCCAGUGAUAUGACCUAUGCAGCGAUCAGUAAAAAGGACAAAAAGAAAACCACAGGCAAAGGUGAUGGAAUUUCUGAUGUACUGAUUGAAAUGAAGUCUAAGGAGAAACAUGGCGGGAUGAGCAGUAAGUCUGGAGACACAAUAUAUUCUGAACUGAAGCUCAACGCAGAUGAAGGUGCUGAUGCUGGAGGUGAUGCAACAUAUGCUCGAGUUUUGAGUAAGAAGAAGAAGAAAACACGUCUGUGAGUGCAGUGAUGAAAACCGACGCCAGAAGAUGAACACCAGCGCUCGCUUUGCUUCAGAAAUGACUCUGAGUGAACUGCUUCUGCACAUAACUGUAUUUUAUAUAAGCAUAACCUGUUUGUACUGAGCAUAUUUUUCCCAAUGACUUUUUAUGUUUAAAGGCAGAUGUAAUAAAAUAGCUUUAAUUAUUUUAGUGCUGCACAAAUAAUGUAAAUGGAAACUUGUUUUAUACAUGUAAAGGCAA